AAACCCAAUACCCAAAAACCCAAUUACCAAAAACCGAAAAAAAGAGAUAUAUAUAUAUAUAUAUAAAAAGAAAAAUGAAAAAAGAAAAGAGGGUCUGGAAUCGUCCCUUCAGCUUCCUUCCUCUCUCCCUUUUGCAACCGAGCCCCGCACCUUUACGCCCCCUGCUUCCCUGCACUGACCUUGCUGCUGCGUUCCUUACCCCUACCCCCUGCGCGCCUGCACCCUCCUCUGCACCCCUGGCUCUUGCGCCCGGCCUUGCUCUGCACUCUCCCCUCUGCGCACCUGAUCCUGCAAUCAUACCCCUGCACGCCCAAGCCAUCAUCGACAAUCAUACACCCCUACGCCCCCUUCGCACGCGUGACCUUGCUCUGCCUUACCCCUUGCCACGCCUACGCCCCUGCUGCUGCACCAAGCCUGCUCCUCCUGCACUCUGCGCCCCAGUCCAUGCCUCUGCACUCCUGCUUGCUACAGCCAUAUAGAAAAAACAGCAAUACCAGACAAAAUUGGCAUCAUUAGUGAUUGAUGGAGCAAGACUUUUCUUUAUUUAUUUCAUUUUUUGUAUUUUGUUAUUUGGGUAUAUAUAUAGGGCAAAAAAGCAGAGGUCUGGGGGGAGUCUUUGGGUUGAUUUUGGAGGUCUGGGGGGGUUUUGGUUGAUUUUGGGUCUAUUUGUUGGGGAGUCUCGUCUGAGUUUUUGAGAGUAGUAGAAGGGGAUUUAGUGGAGAAGAAAGGGGGUAACAACGGCGGCUGAGAGGAAAGAUCACCGAGCUUCCAGAGGAGCUUCAUUUUAUUGGUUUCAUUGCUGAAGGUAUUCUCUGAAACAGAGGGAUUUUGGGGAAGGGUAGUGAAGGAGACAAACGGAGCCUGGUCCCGUGGGUGGGAUCCUUCCCUUCCGAUCUGGAUCUAACUCCUCCUAAAAAUUCCGUCGUGGGUGUUUCUGUUAUUUUCUGUUGAUUUUGUUUAGAUCUGUGUUUAAGCUUGUAUUUAGUUGUUGGAAAAUGAAUGGGAAUCAAAGAUUGUUCUAUUU